AUGGCCGCCUUUCCCAGACUUCUUCUUGGUCUUUUGUCGUUUGUCCUUUUCGCAUUUGUUCUUGGUUCUCCUAUUUCCUCCCCAGACUCACCGAGAGACGGACAAGUCGAAGCCCGCGAAGCAGGUGCUCUUGCUGGCGACAACGAGCUGGUCCUGGCUCCUCUGCCCACCUGGACAACACCACCCGUCAGACCGACCAGGCCCGUACUGACGCCCAUACCCCUGGAGCCGACACCGGCGCCAGUACCAACAAGACGAGCCAUCGAUAUCGAACCGCCCAUCAAAGCCAACCCGCAGAAGGGAUGCACAACCACCUCGUAUGAGUCCUGGGUCUAUCCUUGUUCCUGGUCUGGGACGCAGACGAUCUAUCCAACCACCACGACUCUCUAUAAGGAAGUGAAUUGCAAUGGUUGCGAGAAUAUCAUCAUCUGGAAGGACUAUUCCUCGUGCCCAAACAUGGUGAUCAACAAGACCGAGAGGGUCAACACGGCCAGCACGUACUGGAGCACCAUCUGCAAGCCAACCGCCCUUUUUGCGAAGCGAAAGGCCGUCGAUGAUAUCCCCGCUGUUCAGACUCCAACUAUCCACAACAUUGGCGGUAGUCAGGACCAGGUCCCUAUUCCGGCUGCUGCUCAGAUCACGCCCUUCCCCAAGCCGGUGGUAGAGCUUCGAAGCCCGAGUGAUGGACAUGGGGAGGGUGGACACUUACAGCCUGACGUUUGCCAGAUGACCUUGGUUAUUCAACCUCCACAGUCAGCAGGGAAGACCUCGACCAAGUACUCCAGGUAUACCACCACAACGUUAUCGGUGAACUGCAGUGGGUGUACCAGCUUGGUGGUUUCGACGGCGCUGGCGGGGUACGGUCCACCAGGAGUGUUUACAACCACGACGACACUGCCCGUCGGGGCGGUGACGGCUUAUGCUUGCCGAACAUGA